AUGAAUAGUGGUGGUGCAGGAGGGGGUGGGGAAGGUGGAGCAGGAGGGGUGACAGCUGGGGGAAUGGGGACAGGAGUGAUCACAAUGAGGUCACCAUUUACAGUGUCGCAGUGGCAAGAACUGGAACAUCAAGCUUUGAUCUAUAAGUACAUGGUGGCAGGUCUGCCUGUUCCACCUGAUCUUGUGCUCCCUAUUCAGAGGAGCUUUGAGUCCAUUUCUCAUAGAUUCUUCCACCAUCCCACCAUGGGAUAUUGCACUUUCUAUGGCAAGAAGGUGGAUCCGGAGCCAGGUAGAUGCAGGAGGACAGACGGCAAGAAGUGGAGGUGCUCCAAAGAUGCAUAUCCAGACUCCAAAUACUGUGAGCGCCACAUGCACCGUGGCCGCAACCGUUCAAGAAAGCCUGUGGAAUCACAAACCUUGACACAGUCAUCGUCCACCAUGACAUCACUGACUGUUACAGGGAGCAGCAGUGGAACUGGAAGCGUCCAGAACCUUCCACUGCACACAUAUAGUAGUCCCCAGGGCACUGGUUCUGGAACUAACCAAUCCCAUUAUCAUAUGAACUCCAUUCCCUAUGGAAUCCCAACCAAAGAUUACAGGUAUCUUCAAGAACUUAAGCCUGGGGGUGGGGAGCAUAUCUUCUUGUCUGAAGCUUCAGGAAGCAACAGGGGUCUCCAGAUAAACUCACAGCUGGACAAUGCAUGGUCUAUGAUGCAAUCCAGAGUCUCAUCGUUCCCCACUGAGAAAUCAACUGACAACUCUAUGUUGCAAAAUAAUUAUCCCCAGCAUUCAUUUUUCAGUAGUGAUUUCACAGCCAGGGAACCUGUGAAACAAGAUGCGCAGUCUCUUCGACCCUUCUUCGACGAAUGGCCUAAAAACCGGGACACUUGGUCUGCCCUCGAAGAUGAUAGAUCCAACCAGACCUCAUUCUCUACAACUCAGCUGUCGAUAUCCAUUCCCAUGGCCUCAUCUGACUUCUCCACAAGCUGUCGUUCUCCACAAGUCUGGGCCUGCCCAGGAAUGAAUGGGCUUGGAGUCAAGCCUAAGCCUGAGUUUGGGCUGGGACUUAGCCUAUGCAAGCAAGUCUGA